AUGCUUAGUUCUGGAAACGACCGGACGCCGCUUAGUUCUGGAAACGACCGGACGCCGCUUAGUUCUGGAAACGACCGGACGCCGCUUAGUUCUGGAAACGACCGGAAGCCGCUUAGUUCUGGAAACGACCGGAAGCCGUUUAGUUCUGGAAACGACCGGACGCCGUUUAGUUCUGGAAACGACCGGACGCCGCUUAGUUCUGGAAACGACCGGACGCCGUUUAGUUCUGGAAACGACCGGACGCCGUUUAGUUCUGGAAACGACCGGACGCCGUUUAGUUCUGGAAACGACCGGACGCCGUUUCGUUCUGGAAACGACCGGACGCCGUUUCGUUCUGGAAACGACCGGACGCCGCUUAGUUCUGGAAACGACCGGACGCCGCUUAGUUCUGGAAACGACCGGACGCCGCUUAGUUCUGGAAACGACCGGACGCCGCUUAGUUCUGGAAACGACCGGACGCCGCUUAGUUCUGGAAACGACCGGACGCCGUUUAGUUCUGGAAACGACCGGACGCCGCCUCGUUCUGGAAACGACCGGACGCCGUUUAGUUCUGGAAACGACCGGACGCCGUUUCGUUCUGAAACGACCGGACGCCGUUUCGUUCUGGAAACGACCGGACGCCGUUUAGUUCUGGAAACGACCGGACGCCGUUUAGUUCUGGAAACGACCGGACGCCGCCUCGUUCUGGAAACGACCGGACGCCGUUUAGUUCUGGAAACGACCGGACGCCGUUUCGUUCUGGAAACGACCGGACGCCGUUUCGUUCUGGAAACGACCGGACGCCGUUUAGUUCUGGAAACGACCGGACGCCGUUUAGUUCUGGAAACGACCGGACGCCGCCUCGUUCUGGAAACGACCGGACGCCGUUUAGUUCUGGAAACGACCGGACGCCGUUUCGUUCUGGAAACGACCGGACGCCGCUUAGUUCUGGAAACGACCGGACGCCGUUUCGUUCUGGAAACGACCGGACGCCGUUUCGUUCUGGAAACGACCGGACGCCGCUUAGUUCUGGAAACGACCGGACGCCGCUUAGUUCUGGAAACGACCGGACGCCGCUUAGUUCUGGAAACGACCGGACGCCGCUUAGUUCUAGAAACGACCGGACGCCGUUUAGUUCUGGAAACGACCGGACGCCGCUUAGUUCUGGAAACGACCGGACGCCGUUUAGUUCUGGAAACGACCGGACGCCGUUUAGUUCUGGAAACGACCGGACGCCGCUUAGUUCUGGAAACGACCGGACGCCGUUUAGUUCUGGAAACGACCGGACGCCGCCUCGUUCUGGAAACGACCGGACGCCGUUUAGUUCUGGAAACGACCGGACGCCGUUUAGUUCUGGAAACGACCGGACGCCGUUUAGUUCUGGAAACGACCGGACGCCGUUUAGUUCUGGAAACGACCGGACGCCGUUUAGUUCUGGAAACGACCGGACGCCGUUUAGUUCUGGAAACGACCGGACUCCGUUUAGUUCUGGAAACGACCGGACUCCGUUUAGUUCUGGAAACGACCGGACUCCGUUUAGUUCUGGAAACGACCGGACUCCGUUUAGUUCUGGAAAACGACCGGACGCCGCUUAGUUCUGGAAACGACCGGACGCCGCUUAGUUCUGGAAACGACCGGACGCCGCUUAGUUCUGGAAACGACCGGACGCCGUUUAGUUCUGGAAACGACCGGACGCCGUUUAGUUCUGGAAACAACCGGACGCCGUUUAGUUCUGGAAACAACCGGACGCCGUUUAGUUCUGGAAACGACCGGACGCCGUUUCCACGCAUUAUUUUACAGUGCUAA